CAGAGUAUUGUGUAUGCGCCAUUGUAGGGUGCUUUAUUUUUGAUAAAUAGCUAUGUUGAUAUCGUUUUAGAGUGAGAAACUGAAUUGUAGUCUAUCUACACUAUUCUGAUAUUCCAAAAACAUUCCUGCAGGAACAUAUUGUGUUAGUGAACAGCCACAGAGUCAGGAAAAAUAAAGUCCUUUCCCGGUCAAUCCUCAAGCUCUGAACUGGAGCGCUGAAAUGUUGGAGCGGCCCCAGAGCCCCCGGCUACGCACAGCACACCAGCUCAUCUGAUGGUCCUCAGUUUGUCUCAGCACGGUUUAUAGGACUUGAUUUCGCGGCGAAAUGCCCCCCAAAGAGCCACAGCUGACUGGAAUACAAGCACUGACUGCAGCUAAAUGAGAUUCUAGGAUGGAAAUGUUGCUGAGGGGAAACCUGAGGAGAGGAGUGGGGCUCUGCAUUCUGCUGUUGGCUCUGGUACACGGGGCCACAGGCCAGAGAAGAAAGACAGGGCGCAAGAACAACUACAGGCUACAUGACGACGGAGGAAAUGUUCUAUUUCCUUCUCCCAUAGGUCUGACUUGUUCGCUGGAGGUGGCGUUCAUCCUCGACAGCUCGGAGAGUGCAAAAAUAUUCCUGUUUGAGAAGCAGAAGGCCUUCGUGUUGAGCUUCAGCACCCGCCUCUCCAUGCUUCAGGUAGCCGGCUGGACGCUGAAGAUGCGAAUGGCUGCACUUCAGUACAGCAGCUCUGUGUCAAUAGAGCACCGAUUCUCAGCCUGGAAAGACCUGGAUUCAUUUCACAGUCAAGUCAGCACCAUGAACUACAUCGGCCAUGGCACCUACACCACCUACGCCAUCACCAAUGCCUCGCAGCUGCUGGUGCAAGAGACGCCGGCGGACAGCGUCAGGGUUGCAGUGCUGAUGACUGACGGGGUCGACCAUCCCCGUAACCCCGAUGUGAUUGCAGCUGCAGCAGAGGCCAAAGGUCACGGCACAAAGUUCUUCACUGUUGGUUUAUCAGACAUCGGCCAGCAGAGACAGAAUAACGCCAAGCUCCGGGCCAUCGCCAGCACACCUGCUCAGCAGUUUGUCCAAAGUCUUCUUGAUCCUCAGCUAGAGGAGAAGCUGCUCAAAGAGAUGGGUGCAGUCGCAUUUGAAGGGUGUCCACAGGCCCAAGUUUGUUUGUGUGAAAGAGGAGAGAGGGGCCCUCAAGGAAGUCCGGGUAGAAAAGGGGACCCAGGCUUCAGAGGGCAACCUGGUCUAAAAGGAAGCAGGGGGGAGUCUGGCUCGGACGGUCGACCUGGAAGUGAUGGUGCAGAGGGUCGACCAGGUUAUAAGGGUAACAAGGGGGAGAGAGGAGACUGUGGCACUCCGGGGGGAAAGGGUGACACUGGACCUGAGGGACCUCCAGGCCAGCGAGGCACGAAAGGAGAACAGGGUGUGAUAGGACCACAAGGAGACAUGGGACCUGAGGGCCCAGCAGGACCUAAAGGAGACAGAGGGCCCAACGGUGCUUCUGGACCACCGGGGGACAUUGGUAUCGGAUUCCCGGGAGCCAAAGGAGAAAAAGGCAUUCAGGGAAGAGCAGGUCCAACAGGUCCUGUUGGAAUAGGAGAACCUGGACUACCAGGUCCCCCAGGACCAGCCGGGGCACAAGGAAACCCUGGACCACCAGGAGAGGGGCUUCCAGGGCCAAAGGGUGAUCGAGGAUACGAGGGUCCCAGGGGCAAUCCUGGACUCACUGGUGUUGGGAUCAAAGGUGACCAGGGAAGUCAUGGGCCGCCUGGGUUUCCAGGUCCAGUCGGUGCUCCUGGUUUAGGACUUCAAGGAGAAAAGGGUGAUCAAGGCCCAGUUGGAUCUGCAGGCCCCAGAGGAGCUCAAGGUAUUGGAAUAACAGGAACAAAGGGGAAUCAGGGCCUUCCAGGUGAACGUGGCCCGACAGGUGAGAGAGGUGUUGGAGAGCCAGGACCUAAAGGUGACCCGGGGUCCGAGGGGUUACCAGGUAUACCCGGUGAGCCAGGAGAGGAUGGAGCCCCGGGACAAAAGGGUGACGUUGGGUUACCGGGGCCCAGGGGACCCGACGGUGCUCCUGGUAAAGGCACACCUGGAGGAAAGGGAGACAGAGGAGACAGGGGGACCAGGGGACAGCCAGGUGCAGUCGGUCCUGUGGGGCCGAUGGGCUCAAAGGGGGAACCAGGAAAUAUGGGGCCACCAGGUGCAACUGGACCACCAGGCAGGGGUCUAGCUGGUGCCAAGGGAGAACCAGGCCAACCGGGUCCAGCUGGAGCUGUGGGAGAGCCGGGGACAGGUUUACCUGGACCAAAGGGGGACAGAGGGUCUGCAGGGCUGGCUGGGACACCUGGACUUAAAGGUGACGGUUACCCCGGCCCUACAGGACUUCCGGGGCCUCCUGGUCUGAAAGGAGAGACUGGAUCAGAUGGCGCCGGUUUACCUGGACCAAAGGGAGACAGAGGCUUGCCUGGACCUCCUGGACCUGUUGGGCCACCAGGAAUUGGUGUAAUUGGUCCCAAGGGCUCAGUUGGCCAAAUGGGACCACCUGGUGCACAGGGCUUACCUGGAGAAGGCAUCCAAGGACAAAAGGGGGAGACAGGAUUUCAGGGGAUCCCCGGGCCCAGAGGUCCUCCUGGACAAGGCCUGCAGGGGGACAAGGGGGAUCGAGGCUUCAGAGGGGAAAAGGGCAAAAAGGGGGACAGAGGAGAACAUGGAGAGGCCGGAGCCACCGGACCUUUGGGUAGAGUGGGACAAAAGGGAGAACCUGGACUUACAAGGGAAGAAAUCAUCAAAAUAGUGAGAUCCAUAUGCGGUUGUGGAGUGACCUGCCGCCAAACCCCCUUGGAGCUGGUUUUUGUGAUCGACAGCUCCGAGAGCGUCGGCCCCGACAACUUCAACGUGAUCAAAGACUUUGUAAACACCCUGAUCGACCGAGCCUCGGUCAGCCGGGACACCACGCGGGUGGGUGUGGUCCUCUACAGCCAUAUCAACAUGGUGGUGGUCAGCCUCAGACAGGAAGCCACUCGUGAUGAGAUCAAGUCUGCGGUGCGCUCCAUGACCUACCUGGGCGAGGGGACGUUCACAGGCAGCGCCAUCCAACAGGCCAACCAGGUGUUCAAGGCGGCGCGGGCAGGUGUGAGGAAGGUGGCCAUCGUGAUCACGGACGGGCAGGCCGAUAAAAGAGACGCGGUCAGUCUGGAGAGCGCCAUUUCAGAAGCUCAUGGGAUUAACAUCGAGAUGUUUGUGAUCGGGGUGGUGAAUGAGAGCGACCCUCUGUAUGAGGAGUUCCAGAAGGAGCUCAAUCUCAUCGCCUCGGACCCCGACAGCGACCACAUGUACCUGAUCGAUGAAUUCAAAACACUUCCAGCUCUGGAGAGAAAACUGCUGAGUCGUAUCUGUGAGGAUGGAGAGAAACGUUUGUUCAGCUCCAUCCCGAGCUCCGGACUGCCUCCAGGAAUUACCGAGGUCACCGGUAACGUUCGAGAACCUCCGUACAGGACAGAUACCGACACCCCCACCUUCACAGGAGACUUCAGGAAAGUACAGAUGGUGCCCGGCCCUCCAGCGUCACAACCCGACAGAGAACCCAUCACUCCACAGAGACCCAAGACAGACGACAGAAGCGGAUCGACAGAGACUCAGAGAUUUCCACAUUUCGACAGGGAACCCUUCAGACCUGUCACAGAGUUCCUUCCACAGUUUGACAUGAAGGACCCCAACCACCGUGUGGUGAUGACGGGAGCCAUCGGGCCAUCGGGUCCCACUCUAAAGGCCCCGUCUGAGGACAAGACACAACCGCUGACUCCUCCGACUCCUCCAUUUCUGCCUUCUGACACCUUAUCAGAGGAGCGCUGCAGCCACGUGCUGGAUCCAGGACCGUGCCGGGACUACGUAGUGAAGUGGUACUACGACGCCACAGCUAAUUCUUGUGCUCAGUUCUGGUUUGGAGGCUGUCGAGGAAACAGCAACCAGUUUGAGACUGAGAAGAGCUGCAGAGAAACCUGCUUCAAGGUCUAACAUGCACAUGUACCGGUAGUCACAGAUAAAACAUUUUGCUGUGACUUGAGGUUCACUUCCAUGUUCAGAGCCUUAGUAUUUUACUUGUAGCUACUUCAACAUGGAUAGGG